AUGUGCAAUGGAUUAUUCUUAUUUUGUUGCAAAGAUGGUCGGGCAGAUAACAUAGUUCCUGGUGUAUAUCAUUACUUUGUCUUGAAUCCUGUAACAAAACAAUGUGUGGCUGUUCUGAAACCUGUAGGACAAAAAUCUGGAGGGUAUUCCUAUGCCGCUCUAGCAUAUGACCAUGAAGAAUCUUGGUUCUUCAAGAUUAUACGUUUUCAAGGUCACCGCCAUAUCAAUAUUUUCUCCUCUAAAACCGGUAUUUGGACUACAUUGACUAUUUGCUUUCCUGAAUAUAUUAACGAGUCUUAUUGGGUAAAAAAAUGUGUUUACUUAAAAGGGUCUAUUUAUAGACUAUCGUAUUCAGGACAUUUAUUGAGAAUUAAAGUUGAUCCUCAAGAGAAUGUCUCAAAACAAGCUGAGGUGAUAAAACUUCAUCCAGAUUGUCUUUUUGAUGAUUCACAAUGGAAAAUAAGUCUAAAAGAUAACAAGAUCUUAUUGGUCUUAUCUAGAGGUAUGAACUUUAUGUGUUUUGAACUUGUUGAAUGUGUUACAAAGGGUGUUUGCACUUACACAUGGCACAUAAAUCAUAAUAAAGAGAAUGAAAAGUUGUUGUUUCUCAAUACUAACGGAGAGCUCUUGGCCUUUUACCCUUUCAAUGAUACGGCGGUUUUCAAGAUUAGAAGUCUUUUAUAUUUUUACUUCUAUAACUUAAAUGGUAACAACAUCAAGGAAAUUGUAGUGUUUAGGCCCAAUAAAAUUGCGCUUGAAUACAUAAGAAAGUGUGGCCAACCAUUGCUCAAGUGCUUCGUCCCUUUUGCAUGCUGCUUAGAGAAGGAGGUUUCCUCUAAUCAGGCGCCUGAGAUAGCAGAUUCACCAGUGUCACCUCCUACUAUAGACACUUAUGAGUCUGUGCCACCUCCUACUGAUGAUGUUGCUGAUCCAGUGACAUCUCCGGAGCGCGGUCCGCAGAAGUUUAUUAACCACGGACGGAAGAUUACUAACUUUCCUCAGUCGAAUAAGGAUUGGUUUCAAGCAGUUUUGUCAUUAUCUGACCUGAAGGACUUAUGCAUGACUAGUUAA